AUUCAUCAUAUGUAUAUAUGAAUGACUUGUAUCAAUAUUGCGAUUAUUUGAAUAAUAUAAUACUUUUUCAGAUGGAUCAAAUUUUAGAAACAUUGGCCAAUCAAAAUCUAUCAGAUACGUUGGAAACAGAGCGGAUCGACAACCGCGAUGAGUUAUUAGAAAAAUAUAUCAUAAAACCGUUAACGCCAAUUAUUUCUGAUAAAAAUUUUACGUUAUAUAACGGUAAUGAAAAGACAAAGAGAAAAGAACUUCUUGCAAGAUUAUCGUACACAGUAAAUAAAUUGAAUCAUGAUGAGCGAAAUACCGAUAAAAAUUGGUGCACGGAUGAAGUAUCAUGUUUGGAUGCUGAGGAUAAUUUCACAUCGAAGACAAAAGUAUUGCCAGAAAAUGUAAAAGAGAAUAUCAAUAGUAUUAUACAAUCUGCACAGGAUUAUGUAACAAAAUUAAAUUAUCAAUUGAAAGACCUCGAUAAUGCCGAUCAAGAGAUAGAAAAUAACAUGAUGAAAACAUUGAAAGAUGUAGACGGAACGUUUCAAUCUUUGUUGGACGACGUGUGCCACGAGAUUAACAAGCGGCGCGAACAGUUGAUACUGGAAGCAGAAAUUUACAAGAGUGAAAAUUUAAUACCGUUAAGAGCUUGCAGAAGAGAAUUAGAGGCGCAAAUACAAAAUGCACGAAGUAUCAUAUCAACGAGCAAGAAUCUGCUACGAAAUCCAGAUCAAUAUAACUCAAACAAAUUCGGCAAGAUAAUUGCUUUGAGUAACGAUAUCGGAAGAAUACCAGCAGUACCGUAUUCCGAGGAGCUUUCAAAUAUAAAUUUCGAUCGUCCAUCGAACUCGCACAAGGAAGAGAUAAUCGAGCAAAUAUCGAGGCUCGGUUACAUCUCCCGUACUGUGCCUGUUCAAAUAAUGAACAUCGAAGAAAGACCAGGAGGUUUAUUCGUUAAAUGGCACGUGACUAAUCCGGAAUACACGGUCGAAGAACAGACGUUCAUCGUGGAGAUGGCCUACGGAGAGAUUCUCGAUUCGGCGUCGAACGAAUUCAAGACCGUGUAUAGGGGAUCCGAAACGUUUUGCUUUCUCAGAAAUAUAUGCGUUAAUCAACCGGUCACACUCAGAGUCAGAAUACAAAUGGACAAUGUUGCGACAAGUGUGCAUCACGUGGCGAGGACUUGUAUACCACCAUAUAGCUGGGAACUCGAUAAUACAGAUUAUGUGAUAACCAACGAUGGCAAAAUUGCUGCAAAACUUACAAAUGCUUUAAGCACAUUAUUUUCACACGGUGCUCAGUUUGAAGCAAAUCAUAUAAUUGAAUUCAAGUUUCUAGAGGUUUCGCAAGAAGGAAGUGACGAUGAAGGCAUCGCGUUAGUUUAUGAUCCACAGGGUAAUCAAGAUGCUUUAAAAAGACCGGCAUCAUUGAUGAUCACAUCUCAGGGCAAAAUCUUCAUGGAUGGUGAAGAGAAAUUGAUGCAACUCUCAAAAAUGCGUUUCGGCACCGACAUUGUAAUCUCUGCUUUUAGAAAAAAUGCUCAUAUGUUGCGAGUAAAUAUCGAAUCUGAAAACAAAUGUGUCACAUACGACUGGCGUGUACAAACGCCUCUGUAUUUUGCCGCCCGAUUUAAAGAGUGCAAUAAGUGGAAUUUAUUGAUAAAAUAACGCGCGAGUAAUGUAACUCAGUGUUAUUAUAAAAAAAUUUAUACAAUGUAAUUUUGUAACAAUAAAAAAGAAAGUGCCUUA